UGAUGCAUGAUGUAAUUAUUUCAUUGUUUUUGCUUAUCGUGACGGCUUGGCAGCAAUCUUUAGGCUUGGAGGAUGGCUCCAUGCAACUCUAUUGCCCCCUGGUAACAUACACCCAUCUCGAGCUGCUUUGCGACGGGGUCUAUAACGCAGACUUAUAUUUAAAAUACAAGGACGGGCUAACUUCCGUAAAUGCGCCCUACAAGAUCUUCUACUACAACCAGGAUGGAUAUUAUUUCUUCCUCGUGAGCUUUAACGACUCUCCAGUGCAAAGUUGUAACGGCUCGAUCCAGCUGGACAAUGAACUCGAUUUCUUUUGCGGAGUCAGUGAAUCACCUUUGAUAGUGUCCGGCACGCAGUUUUUCUGCCACAAGGAACUAAUGAGCUACGUAGAUGACUUGUUAUACGAGUGCACCAAGCCAAUAGCUCUGCGCUUCUUCAAUGUUGAGUGGAAGGGCGAGGCUACGAUCCAUUACGCUGCCAAAACGGAGUCAAAAAGUGGGACUUCCAGGGGAUUCCCUGGUUUGGGAACCUGGCUGGCCUGCCUGGUGUGCGUCUUUCUUCAAAGAUUGAAACUGCUGUCAUCCAAUAUAUUUGAAAUUCAAGUGAACUACCAGUUUGCCAGCUUGAAGCAAAAUGCGGUUGUGCUCCAUGUUCGUGCUCGUCUACAUAGUUCGUAAGCUGGAGAAUGCCAAGAGCGGAUGCAACACUACAGAAGUGCUGGGAUUGGAAGGAUCCUCAGCUGCAAUGACCACGCAAUCGUCUAUCUCCCAAGGACGCCAGAAUAAAGAGCUGUUUCGCACACUGUUCAAAAUUUGUCCCAAGUGAAUUUGUACCAAUGUGUAUCAAUACAAUUUAAAAAGAGCUUUGCUCUGCGUGUUCCAUUUGCGACACA